CUUAUGCCACGUCGCGCGCAUGCGUACGAAUAAAUUUACGACAAGAAACAAAGAUGGAGUACUUAUCUCGCGGAUUUAAGUCAGUUUUGGGCAAUCAACAGGGUGGUUCUCAACCUUCUCCUCACGAAACGGUUGAAAGAUUAUGUGACCGCGUAGCCUCUUCUACGCUGCUGGAAGAUAGACGGGAUGCUGUUCGGGCGCUCAAGUCUCUCUCGAAGAAAUUCCGCCUUGAAGUUGGAACACAGUCAAUGGAUCUCUUGAUAAAUGUGUUACAAACAGAUAGGAAUGACACAGAGAUCACAGGUUUAGCCUUACAAACUUUUUGCAACCUGCUCUCUGCUGAUCCAGCUCAAGAUGAAGGUGGUCGAGAUGCUAGUCAAACUGCUUCUGAUGUUGAAUUAGGAGUUCAGUUUACCGAAAUUUUCAUCAAGAAAAGUGAUAAUGUCACUUUGUUACUUGGGCUUUUAGAGGAGUAUGAAUUCCAAGUUAGAUGGCCAACUGUUAAACUUCUUACUGUGUUACUGACAAACAAAAGUUAUCAACUGCAGCAGUGCAUUCUAGUAAGCCCCAUGGGUGUAUCCAGACUAAUGGACUUACUGUCAGACAGUAGAGAAAUCAUCAGAAAUGAGGGUCUCUUGCUGCUAAUACAGCUUACCAAGUCUAACGCUGCUAUCCAGAAAAUUGUUGCUUUUGAGAAUGCAUUUGACAGACUCCUUGAAAUCAUUACAGAGGAAGGUUACAGUGAUGGAGGAAUUGUAGUGGAGGACUGUUUGCUACUGAUGCAAAAUUUAUUAAAAUUGAAUGUUUCAAACCAAAACUUCUUCAGAGAAGGGAGUUAUGUUCAAAGACUUACUGCAUUCUUUGAGUUGGAUCAAGUUUCUUCACCAGCCACUCCUGAAAAUCAAGACAGUACAUGGUCAACACAGAAAGUGUCAAAUAUCAAGCUUAUGUUGCAGCUUGUCAGAGUGUUAGUUUCUCCAGACAAUCCUCAACAGGCCACAGCCACCUGCCAAAAAAUAAUGAACCAAUGUGGAUUGUUGAGGUUACUUUGUGGUAUACUAAUGUCAACUGGAAUUCCUGCCGACAUCCUCACUGAGACUAUCAACACUGUAUCAGAAGUAAUCAGAGGAUUCCCAGCAAAUCAAGAAUACUUCUCUCAAGUGAAUGCUCCUUCAAACCCUCCUAGUCCUGCCAUUGUUGUCCUUCUCAUGUCCAUGAUAAAUGACAAGCAGCCGUUCAACCUUCGCUGUGCUGUCUUGUACUGCUUUCAGUGCUAUCUUUACAAGAAUGAACAGGGACAGAAUGACAUUGUGACAACAUUGCUGCCAUCUUCAGCUGCAGCUGCCAGUAACAUUUCUGCAGGACAGCUGCUUUGUGCUGGUUUGUUCAGUCCAGACCCUCUGUCCAACUGGUGCGCGGCAGUAGCUCUUUCUCACUGUCUAAAGGGUAACCCCACCCAAAAAGAACAGCUUCUCAGAGUACAGCUGGCAACCAGUGUGGGAAAUCCUCCAGUUUCCUUGCUUCAGCAAUGUACCAACAUGCUCUCACAGGGUGGAGAGAUACAAACACGUGUUGGUUUGUUGUUGUUGCUGUGUUCGUGGUUAUCCAAUUGUUCCUUGGCCGUGUCUCAUUUUCUUCAUAAUUCUGCCAACAUUCCAUACCUGAUGGCUCAAGUCGAGGCUCAUGGCGAGGAAGCUGACAGACUGGUUGGAGCUCUCUGUGCUCUUCUUUUAGGCAUUUGUUUGGAUAACAACGACAAUUCAGAAGCUACAUGUCAGAAGGACGAUCUUCGAAACUUAAUAAUCAAGAGAAUAGGGAGUGACAACCUUUUGGACAAAAUUAGUUUUAUAUCCAAGUCUGAGUUUUUCACGGCUGCUGUCAAAUCUCCUGAGAUCAAAGUCGAGUCAGAGAAGCACGUGUUAUUUGACCAUGAAUUUACUAAGCUGUUCAAGAAGUUGGAAGCUGCUGUGACUAAAGCUAUCGAAGAGGAACCUUCACACCAGCAACUAGCGAACCACGUGAACGGGAAACCGUCACAGGGAAUGGAGAACCAUGACUCGAUCAUAUCAUCGUACAAAGAACUUAUUAGAGAACAGGAUGAAGAAAUCGGAAAACUGAAAUCAAGAUACGGUGACAUGGAGUCGUCUUACAACCAGGCACAAGCACAGAUUCAACAACAGUCUCAGGAGAUCCAGGAGCUUCGUGAACAACUCCUUGUGGCUCAGACUUUUCAGCCCCAGUCUUCGGGCGUGACUGAAUCAUUCUUCACUGAAAAUGUGGAAUUAACAAAUCUUAGAAAUCAAGUCAGUGAUCUUCAACUAAGUAGAGACUCGCUACAGGAGGAUGUCAAAACGAAAGAUGAAAAAAUAGGAAAGUUGGAGAAAGACCUAGAAGUCUGCCAGGCCUCGUUGGCCGUGGCUCAUGCAGCCGCUGAGCUAGCUGCGGGCUCAGAAGCUGCAGAAUUCCCAUCAGUACCUCUGAGCCUUACAAGUCAGCAACUAGAAGAAUUAGAGCAGCUGAAGCGAAAAGUGAUAUCACAGCAAGAGGAGUUAGACGUGCUUAGAAAUUUGAACACAGAACUUGAAAACGAAAUGGAAGUGAUGAGAGAAGAGGGGAUCGAUACGCCAACGAAUAGCACAGAUGAAGUGAAAGCUGAGCUGGAGAGGGCCAGAACGGAAAGCCAUGACAAAAUAAGACUGUUAGAGGAAAAAUUAGCCACCACGGAGAAUGAAAUGAGCAGAAUGAAAGAGGAAAAGGCAGAUCUGGAAAAGGAACACGAAGAUCUUUUGGUUAUGCUAACUGAACAAGAUAACAAAAUUAUGAAAUAUAAGAAACUAGCGAAACAGGCUGGACAAGAGGUCAGCGAAGACGACGAUGACGGUGAUGACGAUGACGACGAGGAAGAGGAGGACGACGAUAACGCGGAGAAUGAUGACGAUUUUGAGAAGAAUGAUGAAGAUGAUGAGAAGAAUGAUGACGAUGAAAAUGAAGACGGGUCUGAUAACCACGACGAGAAUGAAACAAAACAGGACACAAAACAGCCAAACACGGACGACACAGAAUUGGACGAUGAAGAACUUACGUGAAAUACAAAAGAAUCUAACUGCAUCAGCUUUAUUGAUGUUAAACGAAAAACUAGGCAUUCUAAACAGAAGUAGAAUGAUGCCCAUUUUUAACGAUAGUGUAUAUUAAUUUUAUUAAGAAUUUUAAAUUCAUUGCAUCAGUUCCGGCAACAACGAAUGAGUUACUUCGUCUUUGGUUCCUCAGAUUACACGUUCUUAAAAAUGAUCGAACUAAAUAACAGAAAAUUGAGAAACAUUUCUAAACGUCAUUUGCCUAUAUUGAAAAAUAUUCAGCCAAGAGGAAAUGUAGGAUUUUGUCUUCGCGUGUUCGUUUUACAAGGGAAACGAGACACUUUGGAAAAAAAUCAAAGUUCUUUCCUCCAAAGAAAAAAUAAUAAUAAUUUAUAUACUGGUACUUGGAUUUACUGUGUUGUUUGGUAGAAGCUAGCGUUACAACGUUCAAUUUUGUUUGUUACCCAGUUUUAUAAAAACACGGAAUUUGAACAAGAUUGUUCGUCGAGCGUAAAAAUUAAAGAAAUACUUUCUGAAGGAGUUAAGUCAUCAGAAAAUUGCCCCUUUCAGGUGGGAAACGUAGAAUACAUUUUCCUAAAACACAUUACAGUAACCAAUUAGAACAAAUGUGGGAGGAAAGAAAGAGGAUGGCUAUGUUUUGGGUAUCUUAAGCUUGAGGAACUAGGACUUUGACGUUUUUCUUGAAGAAGUUUAGUAUGGGAUUAUUCAGGUAAAUCUUAAAAAAAGAUUUUGUCAGUUGGCACUCAAAAAACGAUUGUUGUUUCCAAAUUUAAUAAGUUCUAAUAUGAAUUGUAAUUAAAGGUUAUUUGUGCACUUGUUGUGUGAACUUAUGCGUAAUCAUACUGGUCAAAUGAAU